CAGACACCGGGGGUUCAUUUUCUAUCGUCUCGCGCACCGAGGCGGAAGUGUGUAACGCACGGCGUGGCGCGUCGUGUUUGAACUACAACUCGUUUACGACCUUGACACGCAGCCAAGAUGCUCAAGUGGACGGCGGUGGCGGUAGCGCUGCUAGCCGCGCUCUAUGCCGCGAAGACACCUGUCGAGGGGGCAAAGAUUUUGGCCGUCUUUCCAACGUCCGCCCGGUCGCACUAUAUUGUCGGGUCGGCGCUAAUGAAAGAGCUGGCCCGGCGGGGGCAUGAGGUGUCCGUUAUCAAUCCUUUCCCGCAGAAGAAACCACUGAAGAAUUAUCGUGAUAUCGAUGUGAGCGGAUCGGCAGAGCUUGUCAAGGACCUAGUGCCCAACAUGUUCGAAAUGGCCGAUCAAAGCGUUUGGGAAAGUAUUACGAUGACGUACAAAUUCGGACAAAUGCUUGCCAACUACACGCUGAUGCACCCGAACGUGGACACGCUGAUCAAGUCGAACGAAAAGUUUGAUCUGAUCAUUAUGGAAAGCUUUCUUAACGAUGCUCACCUAGGCUUUGCCCACCACUUCAAGGCACCAUGCGUAGCGCUGUCUACCUUUGGUGCGUCGCGCUGGACAAACGACAUGGUCGGAACACCGUCGCCCUUGUCGUACGUGCCACAUCCCUUCCUGAGCUUCACCGAUCGGAUGUCGUUUGUGCAGCGCAUCGGCAACACGCUGAUGACGCUGAUGGACACGGUCCUCGGCCAGGUGCUGGAUUUGCCGGUGCAGAGCGCCAUGUACGAGGCGGCCUUUCCCGAUCCCAAACCACCGCUGGAGGAGCUGCGCCGCCACGCCGUGUCGCUGGUGCUGCUGAACAAUCACUUUAGCCUCAGCUACCCCCGGCCGUACGUCCCCAACAUGGUGGAGGUCGGUGGGAUGCACGUGAACCGCAAGCCGAACCCACUGCCGGAAGACAUCCAGCGGGUGUUGGACGGGGCAGAGCAUGGUGUCAUAUACUUCUCGAUGGGUUCGAACAUCCAGAGCAGCCAGCUGCCGGUGGAAAAGCGGGAAGCGAUCCUGCGCGUGUUUAGCCGGCUGAAGCAAACGGUGCUGUGGAAGUGGGAGGACGAAAUGCUCCCGAACCGGCCGGCUAACGUAAUUGUGAAGGCAUGGUGGCCCCAGGAUGACGUGCUCGCUCAUCCGAACGUGCGGCUGUUCAUAACGCACGGCGGACUGCUUAGCACGACCGAGUCGCUGUACCAUGGCGUGCCGGUCAUCGGUAUUCCCGUGUUCGGCGACCAGUUCCUAAACAUGGCCAAGGCGGAGCGGACCGGUUAUGGGCUGUUGCUGCCGUACCAGGACAUAUCCGAGGAGCGGUUGGCGCGUGCAAUCGAUCGGAUUUUGCGCGAGCCGAGCUUUAAGACGGUCGCGCAAAGCAUCUCCGCCCGGUACCGCGAUCAGCCUCAGGAACCGCUGGAGCUGGCCGCCUUCUGGGUGGAGUACGUGAUACGGCACGGGGGCGCGGAACACUUGAAGUCGGCCGGCCAGGAGCUGGGCUUCCUGCAGUACCAUGGGGUCGAUGUGUUGGUCACCAUUGUCGGUGGGCCGAUCCUGUUCGUCUACUUACUAUCGAAGUUGCUGUGCGGUGGACGCUCUAAGAAGAACGCUUCCACGGUGAAUGCGAAAAAGAAGCGAAACUAAACAGUGUGAUCAAAAUUGUACCUAAACAUGCCAGUAUUGUAAGUACAAACGGGUAGCGUAAUAAACCAAUUUGUUGGAUUGAA